AUGUCAUUCUUCAGCUACAAGGACUACAUAGAGGAAGGCGAUUUGGUUCUCGCCUUCAUCAACAGAACUACCAUCAAACCCAUAUAUGUUAAGAGUGGAGAAAUUCUCAAUACCCGUUAUGGCCAUUUCCUUCACUCUACCAUGAUCGGGAUGAAAUACGGUGCACAGAUGCGUGGUGCUAAAGGAUACGGGUUUAUCCACUUGUUGUAUCCUUCUCCGGAAAUGUGGACCUUAUCUUUACCUCAUAGAACUCAAAUUGUGUACACGCCAGACUCGUCAUACAUUAUACAGCGUUUGAAUGUACGACCUGGAUCCAGAGUCAUUGAAGCUGGAACAGGAUCGGCGUCGUUUACUCAUUCCUUUGCGAGAACAGUGGGAACAAGGGGAAAGGUGUUUACAUUUGAGUUUCACGAACCAAGGUUUUUGGAGGCAAAGACGGAGUUGCUGGAUCAUGGGUUGACAAACACAAUCAUUACCCAUCGUGACGUAUGUAAUGGUGGUUUCGACAUCAACGACACAAUCGAUGGAGACGUGGUGUUUUUGGAUUUGCCAUCUCCGUGGGAUGCUAUACCGCAUUUGGAUACAGUCAUUGCAAAACAAAGGCAAGUGGGAAUAUGUUGUUUUUCACCGUGUAUUGAACAAGUGGCGAAAACUGUGACUGCGUUAGAGGAAAAUGGAUGGACGAAUGUGGAAAUGGUUGAGAUUGCCGCCAAGAGAUGGGAAGCACGCAAAGAGAUGAAAAGAGAUGUGAGUAAUGCUAUCAACAGAAUCAAAGACAUACAGGUGAGGAAACAAUAUGGGAUUGAAAGUAGAAGAGCAGGACAGCCACCACAAAAAUUGGCCAAAUCGGAUGACUCAUUCAAGUCAGUAAGAAAAAGUGCCAAGGUCAAAGAAGGUGAAGAUGGGUAUGAGUGGCUUGAGGUGACAAAGACAGAAUCGGAAAUUAAAAGUCACACAUCGUAUUUGACAUUUGCGUAUAGAAUAUGUGUGAGGUAG